AUGAAAAUAGUACAGAUCUUAAAUAAAUAUAUAUUAUGAUAAAACCUAUUUGAGAUCAUAAUGAUUCGCGCGCAUGCGGCACAUGCGAUAUGUCUUAUUAUCUUCGCGAGACUCGUACUUCGUCAUUCUCGUAUCUACAGUUGAACGGAUUAUAUCUAAGUCCAUUAUUCUUGUGCUGAAUUAUUAAUAACUAAAUAAUUAAUAUAUAUUAUUAUCAUUUUACGUCAUUUAAUAAUUGUUAAUUACUAUCGCCGAUAUUCAAACGUGUUUCAUAGGAUUCAUUUCACCACAUAGGAAAUUUCGAUAUCAUAAAAAUUUAUUUGAAAUACUUGAAUUAUAUUAACAAAUAAACGAAUUGAGUUCGUUUCGAUAGAAUCGGUAUAUGGACAAUCCUAUCACAUAUCUAAUAUGUACUUCUACCAUGUAUGGAACUGAAAAACAUGAGCUCAUGCUCUUAAUAUAGCAGUUACCAUGGUGCUUACUGACAGUGCACUCUAAUCGAAAUUGCUCUAUAUUUUUCGUUCUAUAAUACAAUUUAUAUUUAUAUUUAUAGUAAAAUAAUCAUUAAAAUUUCAAAGCUCCAUUUGUAGUAGGUAUAAUAGGAAAUUAUAUUUUACCAAGUAUAUUAUAUUCUAUCAAGUUAAAUUGUGAUAGUGACAGACUGUGCAUUAAAGAAACAUGGAUACAUCUAAAUUAUCAUGUGGUAGUUACACAUUUGUGUCAUAUCGUGUAACAGAGUGUGGUUCUUGUGUUGCUACUUGUCCAGCAACUAGUAGAAUUACAGGCGAAGAAUCCAUAGAUCCAAAACAACACCUUACAUUAAAAUUAAAGAAAUUAUUUCAAGAUGUUGAAGUACAAUCCAAAGCUCACAUGAAAGAAAAAUUCUUAGCAGAUUUACGUAAAGCACGUGAAACCUAUUCAGGAGAAGAACUCUCUAGAGCAUUGAACAACAUGCGCAAACGCUUGGAUGAUCCGAACGUUCUUUCUGGAGAAGUAGUGCUUAAUGUACUCAUUUCAUUUCGAGAGAUACAGGGUUAUGAUGCAAUGGUACAAUUAGUAGAUGAUUUAAAAACUAUUCCUACACAUAAAAAUUAUAUAAAUACCCCUGCUAUUCGUUACUUAUAUGCUUUUGCACUAAACAGACGAAAUAAAGAAGGAGAUAGGGAAAGAGCUUUGAAAGUUAUUGAAAAGGCAUUAGAAAAGAAAGAAAAUCAUGUACCAGACAUGCUGUGUUUGUGUGGAAGGAUAUAUAAAGAUAAAUUUGUUGAAAGUAGACAUACAGAUCAAGAAAGUUUAAGAAAUGCUAUCCAUUGGUAUAGAAAAGGUUUUGAGGUUCAACCAAACGAAUAUGCUGGUAUAAAUCUUGCAACACUGUUAGUUAUAGCAGGAAAUGAAUUUUCAAAGAGUGAAGAAUUACAACAUAUAGGAAUGGUAUUGAAUAAUUUAAUUGGAAAGAAGGGCAGCCUGUCAAGUUUGAAAGACUAUUGGGAUGUUGCAACCUUUUUUGAGAUUAGUGUGUUAGCAGAAGAUUACUCAAAGGCUAUUCAAGCUGCUGAAUGUAUGUUCAAACUGAAGCCACCCAACUGGUACCUGAAGUCAACUAUAGGCAACAUAUCCUUGAUAGAUAGAUUUCGCAAAAAAACUGAAGAGGCUGAAGUUUCACCUGAGGAGCAAAUAUUUAGUUUCUGGAUGGACUACUUUGUGGAAGCCACAAAACCGGAAGUUGGAGAUAGUAUACGGUUUCCACUUCUAGUGUUAGAGCCAACAAAAAUUUUAAUGCCGAGUUAUGUGAAUGUCAAUCUUGGCGCAGAAGAAAAAUCGAUCCAAAUAUGGAAUUUAUGUUUGGAUAAUAUGAAAAAUAAUUGCAAACAAGUACAUGAUUGGUUGUUUACUGCAAAUAUGAUUCGAAGUGUGAGUUUAUAUAAGAGAGAUGAGAGAUGUCUCUUUUUAUACGUUCAUCAAAAUUCUGAUGAUUUUCAAAUGUAUCUACCAUCCGUACAAUGUAGGCAAAGAUUUUAUGAUUUGGUCUUAGAAAUGACUAGAGAUGAAGAAGGUAUGGUUACAGAUUUGGAUGCUUACAUGACCGAUGAUCGUAUGAAGUUUGAAUAUGAACUAGAUGAUCAAAAUAAACGAAUAAUACUUGGAAAAGGAACAUAUGGUGUUGUAUACGCAGCUCGUGAUUUGAAUACCCAAGUGCGAAUUGCAGUAAAAGAAAUUCGAGAAAGGAAUUUGGGAGAUGUUCAGCCUUUACACGAAGAAAUUAAAUUACAUAGUCAGUUAAGACAUAGAAAUAUUGUUCAGUAUUUGGGAUCGGUAAGUGAGGAUGGAUACUUCAAAAUUUUUAUGGAGCAGGUUCCAGGAGGAAGUCUAUCUGCUCUAUUACGUUCUAAAUGGGGUCCAUUAAAAGAAAAUGAAUCAACAAUAUCAUAUUACACUAAACAGAUUUUAGAAGGACUUAAAUAUUUACAUGAUCAAAAAAUAGUUCACAGAGAUAUUAAAGGUGAUAAUGUGUUAGUUAAUACUUACAGUGGAGUGGUUAAGAUUUCAGACUUUGGUAUGUCUAAACGUUUGGCUGGUCUGUGUCCAAGUACUGAAACAUUCACGGGAACUUUACAAUAUAUGGCACCAGAAGUUAUUGACAAAGGUCAACGUGGUUAUGGUGCACCUGCUGAUAUUUGGUCUCUGGGCUGUACUAUAGUUGAAAUGGCAACAGGAAAACCACCAUUUAUCGAAUUGGGUUCUGCUCAAGCAGCUGUAUUCAAAGUUGGAUACUAUAAAAUACAUCCUGAAAUACCAUCUGAAUUAUCCGAGAGAGCCAAAAGUUUUAUAUUAAGAUGUUUUGAACCAAAUCCUGAUGUGAGAGCAACUGCUGCAGAAUUGUUGGAAGAUCCAUUUUUAAAUGAAAAAAAGAAAACUAGUAGAUUGGCAGCACCACCAGACUUUAGUAGAAGUAUAUCUGUUCCUGCGGAUAGAAUUGAUCGUUUAGGAAAGUGUGAUAAAACAAAUAAUAAUCAUAUUGUAACUGCAGUUCCAAUGCAAACAUCACAAUCAGAUGACAGAAUUGCAUGUAGUGGAGGGCUAACCAAGUCAAGCCCAUUGAGAGAGCGCAGUCCAGCUCACCUUCUGUCUCCCAUCAGCAUGCCAUCUGCAACUCUUUCUUUUAACAGUACAAUAGGUAAUACACCAUCAAUAGAAACAAGUGAAAGUGAUGCAACUGGAGCUUCUAUAACUAGAAGAAGUUCUUCUGGUGGAUUAUUAUCACCAGAAGUUGAAUUAGGAGGGCAAUCAGGACAUAAAUCUGGAGAAGAACAAGAAGGUUUUUAUCUAUUAAAAAAAGAUAGUCAGAGAAGAAUGACACUGACAAGAGUUCUUAGUCAAGAUGAAACAAAAAUUUGUGAAGUUUGGAUGAGAGGUAUACAUCAGGAUGUAGGACAAACUGUUCUACGCAUGAAUCAUUUAAUAUUAUUGAUGCGUGGAUUAAAGGACUACAUUUCUGAACAAAAUCAAGAAGUGAUCAUAACAGCUAUACGCACAUUGAAAGAAGAAUUAGAUUUUGAUUCAACCGCGAUUAACCAUCUUCAACUGGCUAUUUACUUGUUCCAAACAGCAGUGAAUGAAGUUUUAAGAAUGCAUAGCAUUAAACCACAUUGGAUGUUUGCAUUGGAUAAUUUAGUAAGGAAUGCCGUUCAAGCAGCCAUUACAGUAUUGUCGCCUGAACUUGGAGCAAAUUUAUUGGGACAAGAGCGCGUACAACCUGGUGGUCAAGGUCCUGAAGAGGGUUCUACAUCUGGUGUUUCAACAGUUAAUUCUAUAAAGUCUCAAAAGAUAGUUGAUUCUGUCGAUAACAAGUAUUGGAAAGAGUAUCAUGAUCAAAUGGGCACUUUAAAAAUGGAAAAUAUGAAGUUACUGCAAGAAUUGUUAGAUUGUCAGAAAUCGUAUCAAGUAUUAUUGCAGCAAGCUUUAGAAGAACAAAGAGCACAAAUGAAUACAUUGACUCAUCUUUGUGAGAGUAUUAAUAGAAAAGCUUUAAGACAAGAAUCAGGUUAUAAUUCUAGUAUGUCUGGUUGUAAAAAUGGGACUAAUCAAUCAGACUUAUUACAAACAGAAAAUACAAAUCCUACAGAUUCUUCAUAUAGAGAUGGAGCACUUAUAAAUUGGUUACAAGAUCUUCAAAUAGAUGAAGUUUCGAUCGAUAGGUUUAUGUAUGAGGAAUACACUUUGGAAGAUGUUUUAAAUUAUCUUACAAGGGAUGAUAUUCGAAGACUCAAUUUAAGGGGCGGCAUCGAACUAAGGAUAUGGCAAGCUAUAUUAAAAUAUAGAAGGGAUCAGGAAAAUACAAAUUAAAAAAAACAUAAGUACCUAUCUCUAUAUUUUACGAAGUCAAUCGCUCCUUUAUUAUUUGUAUAAAAGUUUUCGAGCAGGGUAACGUACUUUCGUCAAGUCUGAAUGCUAUGAAAUAAUAUUACAUCAAACGAUAUGUUUCGUUUGGUAUAUCGCUUGACAUAAUAGAAUACAUUGGACUUCCACUUGAGAUCAUGAGUGACACGAUGAUAUUAGUAGUAUGUCGCGUAGUUCCUAACUAUUGAUUAGUUGCAGAUUGCUAUUGUAAAUAUCAAUAAUUAAUUAAUAAUGCAAAAAUUUAUGUAAUUUUCAAACAUAUGCAUCAUUAUGUAUACAUCUUAAUGAUACAGAAUGCGUAGUUUUUUUACUGGUUCUGUCACAUUUGAUAUUAUCAUCUUAUUUUUUUCUAAAAUAAGAAAUAUUCCGUUUAUUUUUAUUCCUUUUCGAUUAAAUCAUUUGUCAUCCAUUUUCAGUAAUCGACAAUACAUUUUUCAUAGAUUUAGAUGCAACAUUAGUUGCAUUUUUAUAGAAAAAAACUACACACACGAUUAGUAUCGUUAAUGUAUCGUAUACAAUGCAACUCAAACCUCUGCUGCAAAAUUCAAUAAUCAGAAAAAUUUAUAACAUUUUAUUGCGAAAAUCAAUUAAACCAUUAUCAAGAAUAUUUACAUGAUAAUACUAACGCAGCUCAGAAAUAUUAUAUUUUUAAUGCAAUAUUACAUUAUUAUAUAAUAGGAAAGAUUUCUAUGUGGUUUAAUGCCUGCUCACGUGCAAACUUGUUUUCAGUGCCUUGUAAUACUGAUUUAUAACUGGUUAUAACCGGUUACAACUAUGGUUAUAGUACAAGAAGUAAUAUUUAUUUUUUCUCUUAUAUAUUAUCCAAAUCUGUGUACCAUAUUAUCUUUACAUUUUUAAAUAACAAAAUAAGAAAUAAAGAGACAAUAUAGUCUUCCAAACUUAAAAAAUAAUACGCGUGAAACGAUAAUCGAGUAAAUUAUAUUUGGUCGUAACAAUUUUCUUUUAAUAAUACGAUCGAAAAAAUUGAUAUUGCUUUGAACAUCGAUCAAUUCCUAUUUCAAGUGCCUACUCUGUUAAUGAAUACUUCAAACUUUUCAUGUAUUUUGCGAUAUAUUAUAUAUACACACACGAUAAUGAAUAGAUCAAUUGUUAACAUUACUUUUUGUCAUGUCAGACUAUCGAAGGUGGAGAACUAUCAUCGUGACGAAAUAUUUGCUCUCGAGUUUUAUAUAUAGAAACGAGAGUAGGUAAGUCGUUACACUGUUAAAAUAUUGUUGUUUCUGUCGCAUAAUAAAAUUAUCGUCGUUGAUCUUAACAUUUGCAAUAAAGAAUUGAAUGAAUGUUA